ACGACGUAAAGCAGGCACUAACAAACCGGCAUUUUGUUUGAUCAUGACAAUGAUGGUAUAGAAUGGACAGCCCAACACCAAUACAGAUAGUUCCGAUUCUUUCCCGUCAAGCUCAAACAUACGGACGAGGUCGUAUACCGCUUCAUCUGUUGCUAGAAUGUCAAGUUCUGGACCACCUGAAUCCCUGCAGUAUGCCUUUUAUAUCCCAUGGGUAGGGGCAAAUAUGAGCGCCCUCCUCUAUGGAGGAUUUCUCGUCAUUAGUCUCACCAACUUGCGUCUAUUGUAUAAAAAACGAUACAACCUCUAUCUAGUAUAUACGAUCAUCCUUAUAUCAAUUACAACGAUAUACAUGGGGGUGUCCAUUAACUAUGGUGCACCGCAGCUGAUAUCAAUAAUCUACACAGCUAAUGCUGAGAGUACCUACGAUCUUUCUGUCUGGCCAGAGGUGGUGGUCGGUGCUGCAUUCGUGGUCAAUACGUGGUUUACUGAUGCAUUCCUUCUGUACCGGUGCUAUGUUAUCUGGACAGGGUGGCACUAUGUUGUCACUCUACCGAUUCUUUUCUACCUUGGCAGCAUCGGGAGUUCCAUCGCUUUUCUGUGGUCAUCGGCUCAUCCUGGAUCGGUCUACUCGACCCACGCCGUGCAAGAAUUUGUCAUCCCAUACUGGUCUCUUUCCGUCGCUGUCAAUGUCACUGCAUCGUGUCUCAUAGCCAUCCGCCUCCUCCGUCAUAAAAAGAUGCUUGCUGAAGCUAUCAGCGUGGAGCAUGGUACACCCUACAUCAACAUCAUAGCCAUGACAGUGGAGAGCGCGGCGCUGUAUGCCGUAUUUGCUAUAAUAGCGCUUGUAUUGUUUGUUCUGAACAGCCCACUCACAAACGUGUUCCUCCCUAUGCUUGGAAACAUUCAAGUUAUCGCGCCAAGUUUGAUCAUUUACCGAAUUGCCAGAGGGAUUUCAUUCUCGUCGCAUCACUUUGAUGGUCAUACAACCAGCGAUAUCCGUUUCGCGUCCAAUGAGAACGGCACCGAGAUCGAGACAGCUAAUUCAAGUCUGCCACCCAGGCAUGGUACAAUGAAUCUUCAGCUCAUAGGGCAAACAGAUUCAUCCUUCGCUUCAAAUUCGUAUCCCGAGACAGAAACUAGGAUGGAUAUCUACGUGUUUGAGAUUGUAACAGAGGUAAAUGCAACAGCCCGGGGUAUAAAGGCAGAUAAACUGGACAAAAGAGCUGAUGAUGGGGAUUGCUAUGGGUUGUAA